AUGGGGAGGGGCAAUCACACAGUGACUGAGUUCAUCCUGUUGGGAUUCACCUCAAACCCCAUAAUGCAGCAGAUCCUCUUUGUCUUGUUCCUGAUCAUGUACACCUUGACUAUACUUGGAAAUACCAUCCUCAUCCUGCUCAUCUGCAGCGAUUCCCAGCUCCACACACCCAUGUAUUUCUUCAUUGGAAAUCUGUCUUUCUUGGAUCUCUGGUUGUCCACUGUCUACACUCCCAAGAUCCUAGUCACCUGCAUCUCUGAGGACAAGAGCAUCUCCUUUGCUGGCUGUGCGGCUCAGUUCUUCUUCUCUGCUGCACUGGACUACACUGAGUGCUACCUGCUGGCUGCCAUGGCUUAUGACCGCUAUAUGGCCAUCUCAAGACCCCUGCUGUAUGCUCAGGCCAUGUCCAUUAAACUAUGUGCAUUUCUUGUGGCAGCCUCAUAUCUGGUUGCCUUCACUAACUCUACAAUCAUCACAAAAAAAACUUUUAACUUUGACUUCUGCCAUGACAACAUCAUUGAUGACUUUUUCUGUGACUUGCUUCCUCUGGUGAAGCUGGCCUGUGGUGGAAAGGAGGGCUACCAGGCUCUGAUGUACUUACUCCUGACCUCCAAUGUCAUCACACCCAUUUCCCUCAUCCUGGCCUCCUACCUCUUCAUCAUUGCCACCAUCUUGAGGAUCCGCUCCACCCAGGGCCGCCUCAAAGCCUUCUCCACCUGCUCCUCCCACCUGGUCUCUGUCACCUUGUACUAUGGCUCCAUUCUCUACAUCUACUCUCGCCCCAGGACCAGCUAUUCUUUGGGUACAGACAAAAUUGUUUCAACAUUUUACACAGUGGUUUUCCCCAUGUUAAAUCCCUUGAUCUACAGCCUGAGGAAUAAGGACGUGAAAGAGGCUCUCAUCAAAUUCUUCAAGUAA